AACUUAAAGUUCGCUCUCUCUCGCGUCUCCCUCCUUUCUUUCUCCUUAACUACACAGGAAACACAGGAAGAGGAGGAUUUUCUUUCGAGAUUGUAGAAGAGGAAAUCGGUCAUUACUCUUCUUUCUGAGUAGUAGAAUUAAUCGCCAUCAUGCCCAAGUCCAAGCGCAAUAAACAAGUUACUUUAUCCAAGACGAAGAAGAAGGGGAGGGAACACAAGGAAUCAAUUGUGAAUUCCAUAAGAGACGCAGUGGAGAAUUACAACUCCAUAUAUGUUUUCUCUUUCGAAAACAUGAGAAAUCUUAAAUUUAAGGAGUUCAGAGAACAGCUCAAGCCUACCAGCCGAUUUUUCCUUGGAUCAAACAAAGUCAUGCAGGUUGCCCUGGGUCGAUCUGCUGCUGACGAGAUCCGACCAGGCAUCCACAAAGUUUCUAAGCUUCUUCGUGGAGAUAGUGGACUUCUUCUUACUAACAUGUCAAAAGAGGAGGUUGAAGGCAGUUUGUUUAACACAUACGAAGAGUAUGACUUUGCAAGGACUGGUACCACUGCAACUGAAAAGGUGGAACUUAAGGAAGGCCAUCUAGAACAGUUCACACAUGAGAUGGAGCCAUUCUUGCGCAAGCAAGGGAUGCCUGUACGGUUGAACAAAGGUGUGGUGGAACUGGUCUCUGACUUUGUUGUUUGUGAAGAGGGAAAUCCUUUAUCACCUGACGCAGCUCGUAUCUUGCGAUUGAUGGAAAUCAAGAUGGCUACCUUCCGGCUUCACUUGAUUUGUAGAUGGGCCCCCGAGGAAUUCGAGCUUUACAUAGAAGGAUUGGGUGAUUCAGAUGUUGAGUCAGCAUAAGUGACUUAUAAUUGUUGAAAUUAAAUUAAAUUGACUAGAUGUUUACCUGAAUCUGCUUGUAAUACUAGUUUGGAGAUGAGUAAGAGUGGAAUGUGGCUUACAUAGUAAUGCAUGGUUCCUUAGUUGAAGACAAAAUAGCAUGUAAAGGUUGUAUGUUUGGCUUGUGGGCUUUUUCUUGGCUGUCAAUCUGGAUAUUUGGUUAAUUGGUUUGCUGUCAUUUUUUUGGCGCGGAAGAGUUUCCCCCAAGCGAACUUAAAAUUUUGUUAUUAAA